AUGAAUGAACCAGUGCUUGCCUCUGUUGCCAAUUUCCACACUUCUUUCACUGUUUGGCGAGAGUUGGAGCAAAAAUUUUCCAGUCAAACUAAGGCUCAUCUUCUACAAUUGAAAGGUCAGUUCUCCCAUAUCAGCAAAGGUAAUCUCCCUAUAUCUGAAUAUGUUGAGAAAGUUCAAUCGAUUGCUAAUUCUCUGGCUAUUGCUGGCUCUCCUGUUAGCUCUCAAGACUUAGUGCUCCAACUAUUAAAUGGCUUGGGUCCUGAAUUUGAUCAUGUGGUUUCUGGGAUCACUUCAAGAAGUGAUCUUUUGUCCUUUGAGGAGGUUCAAGCUCUCCUUUUAUCUCAUGAAACUUGGCUUGAGCAUCACAACACCCUCACUGAUCUUUCUUUAAAGAUGCAAGCAAAUCUUGCUUAUGGAAGCUCCAAAAAUACUGGAUCUCGACUUCCUAUUUAUUCUAGUCGUGGCCCAUCUGGUGAAAGUGGUCGUGGCCGUGGUUAUGCUCGUGGAAAUGGAAAUCGUCUUGUGUGUCAAGUUUGUCUUCGAACUGGUCAUACUGCAGCUGUUUGCCAUUAUAGAUUUGACAAGAACUGUGUAACGACCCAAAAUCGCUAA